AUGGCUCUCCACCUGCACUCCCGGUUCACCGUCAGCCGUCCAGUGUUCUCCACCUUCAGUAAGCCUUUGUUUCUGAAUCCCUCUCUGCCCUCCAAACACUCUUCUCCCCUCGAUUUUCCCUCUCUCAUGCUGUCACCUGCCUUCACCACCUACACAGCAGGCAGACACAGCCGCAAGGCAAAGCAAAGGACAGAGCAGCCCCACCCGGCGCACGCCAGAGAGCCAGAGCAGCAAGGCCGCCCCAGCCGCCAGAAGCCGGCACAAGCAGCAAAAAGAAAGCAGCAGACGCGACCCCACCACCCCCGCCGCGCCCGGCGCGAAAGCAGCACGACCCACCCCGCUCCGGCCCCGCACCGCCCACAGGCCGCCGAGAGGAGGACGGCCACGCCGGCCACGGCCCGUCCCCCCCCCGCCGCCCAACACCGAGCAACCCUCCACUCCCAAGCCGCGCACGAUGCACCGCACCACGCGCCACCGGCACCCGCCCCAACAGAGCGAAGCCACACCCCGACCCGGGGGCACUCCAAAGGGACCCCCGACGCCCGCAACCCGCCCACAACAGACACACACGAACCCCGGCCACAGGCGCGACCACCCACGCCCCCCCCGGACGACGCAACCACGGCAAGCACCACGGCCAACCACCGAAACCCGGCACCGGAAGACGAGGCACGCCCCGACGCCCCGCAGAGCAGAAGCACCCCGGCCAGCACCACAAAAGAACCGAUGCCCGGCGCCCAGCCCCACCCAGCAGCAGCACAGCCACCAGGCCAGUAGCCCACGUCCGCCACCACGGAACCCCCCAAGAGCACCGCACGCGGCCGCCGCAGGACCCCCCCGCGGCGCCCCAGACCCCGCCCCGACGGGGGCAACAGUCCCCCGGGCCAGACCCGCCAGGCACCCCGCUCCGAGCACCCCCCCGAGCCCCCAGGACCCAAGGACCCCCGAACUAGCCCCCGCGCCCCACAAGACGCACCCCAUAGCCCCCCACUACACUAAGUGAUGGAGCCGAUCAAGGGAGCCCAGAGAGAUCGGUCUGAUGGGGAUGCAGAUGCUGUCUCAAGAUUAAUAUGAUCCAACAACAGAUCUCUGUACUGAUUGAUGUUGAGUUUAUCCUUACUCUUCCAAUUCAUGAGGAUAG